AUGAAUCAAACUGCGAACGACGGGAGCAGUGCAACGCUGGCACCAACCGUGGAAGUCGACGAGAUGGAGCUGGACAAGGUCUCAGGAUCUUUGGACUUUUCAUUUCUACGCCCUCUCUGCGUGGCUAGGAGGACUUUCAACAGCCGACAGGAUGUUGCGCUGGGGCUCCCGACGGCGAACAACUUCCUGAAGGGCGCCUCUUUCUCACCAGAUGGAACGUGCUUGCUGACCUCUAGUGACGAUACGGUCCUCCGGGUCUUUGAAGUUCCCGGCCAUGCGUUGCGAGGGGAGAAACGACAAGCCCCCUCUGAUACCGUCGAUGAUGCUGCGUCUUCCGCACAUUUUGACAUCACGGACGAUUGGAGCCCUUGUCUGUACUCCGUCGAGGGGGAAACGGUUUACGACUUCGCAUGGUACCCACACAUGUCCUCAUCCGAGCCAGCGACAAGCGUCUUCGUAAGCACCAGUCGAGAUCACCCACUACACAUGUGGGACGCAUUCACGGGCAAUCUCAGGGCCACAUAUCGAGCAUAUGACCACCUAGACGAAGUUGUGGCCGCGAAUUCUGUUUGCUUCAAUACAGCUGGCGGCAAAAUCUUUGCAGGUUACAACAGAAUGAUCAGAAUAUUCGAUGUGUCUCAGCCUGGGAGGUCAUUUGAAGCACGGCCCACGUGUAAAACCCGCAAGAGCAAAACCGGGCAGCGGGGGAUCAUUUCGGCUUUGGCGUUCUGCCCGGAGAGUUCUGGAGGAGGCUUAUUCGCCGCUGGGUCCUACGCGAAGACAAUUUGUUUGUACAGCGAGAACAGGCAGUCGUGCACGCGCUGUAGCAGAGUUGGCGACGCCAACAAUGGGCGGCGUUACACACCUCAAGUUUGCACCCAACGGCCGGUAUCUCUUCUCUGGCUCACGUAAGGACACUGCCAUCGUGUGCUGGGACCUUCGACAAACGAAACAAGCAAUUUACACCCUCCCACGUCAAGUGGACACGAACCAGCGAAUUGGGUUUGACGUCGAUCCAAGCGGGCGGUACUUGGCAACUGGUUCUACAGAGCGACGGGCCCUCGUCUACGACACUGAAAGCCAAUCACUUGUCGGUUCGCUCGAAAAUCAGACUGACGCAGUGGGGAGCGUCUGCUUUCAUCCCCACGCACCCUUGUUGGGUGUUUGCACUGGACAGAGGCACUUUGAACUCGACACUGAUUCUGAUUCAGACAGCGGUGUCAGCAUUG